AUGGAGACUUCUUUGCCGUCUCGCACCAAGCCGAGCCCCAGACCAUCGUCGACAUCGAGACCUACGACGAAACUCGACGUCUUCGUCAUCGGAAGCGGCGAAAACUCCGAGCUAGGUCUUGGACCCCGGCAUACACAAGCGCCCCGCCCACGCCUCAACCGCCUCCUCGAUGCCGACUCUGUGGGGGUUGUACAAGUUGCCGUUGGCGGUAUGCACUGUGUUGCUCUUACCCACGACGGCAAGGUGCUGACCUGGGGCGUCAACGAUGACGGUGCCCUAGGACGCGUGAAGUCUACCUCCAAGUCCGAAGCAGAAGCCGAAGAGGACGAGGAGGAUAUCCUGGACCCAUUCGAGAGUACUCCCGAAGCCGUCAACUUUGAAGAGGAGAUUGAUGUUGUGCAAGUUGCAGCGACGAACAGCGCAGGGUUUGCGUUGACGGCUGCAGGAAAAGUGUACGGAUGGGGAAGCUUUGCCGGCGGAGACGGCAACUUUGGCUUCCUCCAUGAGAAGCCACCCAAGACGACGGAGCGGUUGCCGGUGUUGAUCCCAGGACUCACGGACAUCAAAGAACUCGCGGGCGGAUCAGACCAUAUCCUCGCCCUCACCAAUGACGGAAACGUCUUCGCAUGGGGAUCUGGGGAGCAGAACGAGCUGGGACGACGUAUCCUGGCACGCCGACGCUUCGAGACCCUCGUUCCCCAGCGCGUCGGUCUUCCCAAGAACAAGACGGCCAAGAUCUUUGCCGGGUCACAUCAUAGCUUCGCCAUCGACACGACGGGCAAAGUUUGGGCUUUCGGAUUGAACAACUUUGGCCAGUGUGGAAUCUCGACGCGGGAGGACACCGGGUUCACGACUGUGAUCUCGCCGACAGUCAUCAAGAGCCUCGAGGGAUACAAGGUCCGCCACAUCGGAUGUGGACUGCACCACACCGUUGCGUGCACCGAGGAAGGCGAAGUGCUGGUUUGGGGCCGAGCCGACGACGGCCAGAUGGGAAUGCCGCUCGAGACGCUGCCUGAAGACCACAUCAUAUUUGAUUCGAGGGACCGCCCUCGGGUGCUGAAUGUCCCAGCUGUCGUUCCCGACCUCAAAGCCGUGUUCGUUGCAGCAGGCAUCGACAACUGCUACACCAUUUCAAAAGAGGGUGAAAUGCAUGCUUGGGGAUUCUCGGCGAGCUACAACACGGGUCUUGCCACGACGGACACCGUGAAGACGCCAACGCUGGUCCGUAGUAAGCAGCUAGGAGAGAAGAAGCUCGAUUUCAUUGAUGCCGGCGGCCAAUUUGCCGUCGCAACAAGCCCCCGGCUUUAA